CGACGGUUGGUCGGCUCCCGGGCUCUACGAUUGGUUCGCUCUCUUUCUCCCGUAGCGAAUCCGUUUCAUUUUUCAUUCGCGCUCAAUGCGUCCGCUACUGCGACGCGUUGUGGGUUGUGACAGCCCGUUGUCUAUGGGAGUGUUUGCUCGUAUUGAAUUUGUGACAAAAUAUUACAUGUACAGUGAAUUACGAGAAAUUAUUUCAUUUCUCGCAUGACAGUGAAUAAAAUAAGCGUUUAAAUAUGGCGUUGGAGGGUGUGAAAAGUGAAAAAAGUGAGGAAAACAACGGCAACGUACCAGACGGCAAGGCGAACGGGAUCGACAACAAAAGUAAACAGAUAGAACCAAACACAGCAUUCUUGCGAGCGGCGCGCGCCGGUCAGCUCGACACAGUUGUCGAUCUUCUAGACUCCGGCGCCGUCAAAGACAUAAACACAUGCAAUUCGAACGGGCUGAAUGCGCUUCACCUGGCUGCUAAAGAUGGACACAUCUCCGUAGUCGAGGAGUUACUAAAGAGAGGCGCAACAGUAGACGCAGCUACUAAAAAAGGUAACACAGCACUCCACAUAGCAUGUCUCGCGGGGCAAGAAUCAGUGGCACGGGCGCUGCUGGCGGCGGGGGCAAAGGCCGACGCCCAGUCAGCGGCCGGCUUCACUCCACUGUACAUGGCGGCACAGGAGAACCAUGCAGGAUGCGUCAAAAUGCUAUUGGCGGCUGGAGCCAGUCAGACCUUAGCUACAGAGGACGGCUUCACCCCUCUGGCAGUCGCAAUGCAACAAGGCCACGACCGAGUAGUCGCAGAACUAUUGGAAUCAGACACCAGGGGCAAGGUUCGAUUACCAGCGCUGCACAUUGCCGCUAAGAAGAAUGAUGUUAAAGCAGCUACACUGUUGCUUGAGAACGAACACAACCCAGACGCCUGUUCGAAGUCAGGCUUCACCCCACUGCACAUAGCGGCGCACUAUGGCAACGUUGGAGUUGCGCGUGCGCUGCUGUCGGCCGGCGCAGACGCAGGCCGCGCCGCCAAACACAACAUCACCCCUCUACACGUCGCCAGCAAAUGGGGACAGUUGGCUAUGCUCGAUUUGCUUGUGGAAAAUGGAGCUAACAUAGCGGCGGUAACGCGGGACGGACUGACCCCGCUACACUGCGCGGCGCGCUCCGGACAUAGCAAUGUCGUGGCGAGAUUACUGCAACAUGGCGCACCCAUUACUAGCAAGACUAAGAACGGUUUGACCCCUCUCCACAUGUCCGUACAAGGCGAACACGUGGAGACGGCCAAAGUUUUGCUGGCAGAGGGCGCUCCCAUCGAUGACGUCACUGUUGACUACCUGACUGCAUUACAUGUCGCUGCACAUUGUGGACACGUUAAGGUCGCAAAACUCCUUCUAGACCGGAAUGCAGACGCGAAUGCUCGAGCACUGAACGGGUUUACUCCAUUACACAUUGCUUGCAAGAAGAACAGGCUCAAAGUCGUCGAGCUGCUACUCAAAUAUGGCGCUAGUAAAUCAGCGACCACAGAGUCAGGAUUGACACCGCUCCACGUGGCUUCCUUCAUGGGUUGUAUGAACAUAGCCCUUGUACUCAUCGGCGCGGGCGCACCUGCGGAUGCGGCGACGGCGCGCGGCGAGACACCCCUACAUCUAGCUGCGCGGGCGCAUCAAACUGAUCUCGUCAGGGUUUUACUUAGGAAUAAUGCUAAGGUGGACGCGCGCGCCCGCGAGGAGCAGAGCCCGCUGCACGUGGCGGCGCGCCUGGGCCACGCCGACAUCGCCGCGCUACUGCUGCAACACGGCGCCGACGUCUCCGCCACCACCAAGGACAAGUACACGCCGCUACACAUCGCCGCCAAGGAGGGCAAAGAAGAAGUAGCAUCAAUACUAUUGGAGAACGGAGCAGCGAUAGAAGCGGAAACUCGCAAGGGAUUCACUCCACUGCACCUGGCGGCCAAGUACGGAGACACGGGCGUGGCGCGACUGCUACUGGCGCAGGGCGCCGCCCCCGACGCCCCGGGCCGCUCACACAUCACUCCGCUACACAUGGCCACUUACUAUGGACACCCUGAUAUUGCGUUGUUGUUACUUGACAAAGGAGCGUCUCCACAUUCGCUGGCGAAGAAUGGCCACUCCGCUCUACACAUCGCCUGCCGCCAUAACCAUCCGGAUAUUGCUUUCGCAUUACUUGAACAUGAUGCGGAUCCCAGCGUGAAAUCGAAGGCUGGCUUCACUCCGUUGCACAUGGCGGCACAGGAGGGCCAUGAGGAUUGCGUAGAGAUGCUCAUCGAAAGAGGAGCUGAUGUCAACGUACCUGCUAAUAAUGGUCUGACCCCGGUGCACCUGGCGGCGUCGGAGGGCCGCACGGGCGUGCUGAAGGCGCUGCUGUCGGCGGGCGGGCAGGUGAGCGCCCGCAGCCGCGACGGGUACACGCCGCUGCACGCCGCCGCGCACCACGGCCACCACGCCGCCGCCAAGACCCUGCUCGCCGCCAAUGCUGACGUCACCGCCAGGGCCGCGCACGGGUUCACGCCUCUCCACCAGGCGGCACAGCAGGGCCACACGCUCAUCAUACAGCUGCUGCUCAAACAUAAUGCUGACCCUAACGCUCUAUCCGCUAAUGGACAAACGGCGUGUGCUAUAGCUGACCGUUUGGGCUACAUUAGCGCUGUAGAAGCGUUGCGGCCUGUCACUGAAAACACUCUCAGCCAAGCUGUUGGAGAUACCGGUGGCUUAGAAGGCAAAUACAGAGUAGCAGCACCCGAAUUAAUGCAGGAUACAUUCAUGAGCGACUCAGAGGACGAAGGAGGCGAGGUAGAGUGCCCGAUCCAACAGCAGCAACAAUACCGCUACAUGAACAGUGAGGCGGGUACGCUGCACCGGGCCAAGCCGCUCGAGGACACUGUCACCGAUGGACAUCUCUGGCCCAGCAACAAUGACAGGAAGGUCGCCACCAUCGACAGACAACCACUGGACAUUGGUUUUCUGGUCUCGUUUGUGGUGGAUGCGCGAGGUGGUGCGAUGAAGGCAAAGCGACGUGGUGGCGUGCGCAUCAUAGUACCACCAGCCGCCUGCGCAGCCCCUACCCGUGUCACCUGCAGGGCUGCCACCCGGCGAGCCCCGGCCGCAGCCCCGCCACCACUUAUGGAGGGCGAAGCCCUAGCUUCAAGGUUGCUUGAGCUACAACCACAGGGCGCUAAGUUCUUGGCUCCAGUGGUGAUCGAAGUACCAAUAUACACAUCGUCGUGCCGCGAGCGCGAGAUUGUCAUAUUGAGAUCUGACACCGGCGAGACAUGGCAAGAUCACUACCUACACAACAACGACAACCCACUGAUACAGGAGGCUUUACAACGCGAGAGACAGGAGUACGGUGGCAACGAGACAAUAGGGGAGAGUGGGGAGCGAGUGACGCGCAUCAUCACGUGCGACUUCCCCCACUACCUCGCCUGCGUGUCGCGCGUGCGGCAGGAGGUACACGUCAUCGGGCCCGAGGGAGGAACCAUCUCCAGCGCGCAUAUACCACAAGUCCAAGCUCAGUUCCCGGCGGCGGCGCUAACGAAGCGCAUCCGCGUGGGUCUGCAGGCGCAGGCGGCGGGCGCGGCGCAGUGUCGCCGCCUGUUGCCGCGCCACGCCGCCGUGUCGCCCGUCCUCACCGUCGAGCCGCGACGACGCAAGUUCCAUCGCUCCAUCACGCUCACUGCGCCCCUGCCGGCUUUGCCCGACAGUACGGAGAAACCGUCGACGUCGAACCUGCGCUUGCUAUGCUCCAUAAUGGGAGGGCAGGCACGCGCCGUGUGGGAGGACGUGACGGGGUCCACGCCCCUCACUGUCACAGACGAUUGCGCAUCUUUCACCACUACUGUAUCCGCCAGAUUCUGGAUGAUGAACUGUCAAAACGUCAGCGAUGCUACCAAACUGGCCACUGAACUAUACAGAGAGAUGCUCCUAGUCCCGUUCGACGUGCGUAUAGUGGUGCUAGGCAAGCGUCUGGACGCGCUGGAGGGCCGACUCCUCGUCAUGACCAUCACUGACAGAUACGCCUACGAGACCCUUCUGCAGCAGGAACACUACACAGAAGUAGCCCACUCAACAUCAGUUCGGUUCCUGGACGGCAAGGACGUGUACCUGGAGUUCUCUGGCAACCUUGUCCCAGUCACCAAGUCUGGCAGUCAACCCAUGCUGACCUUCGAGGCGUUCAAAGACAACCGCGUGGAGUUCACCGUGCGCGUCAAACAUCACGAGGAGAAUCCAUCAGGCAGGAUCUACUUCAUGAAUGAACCUAAGGUCCCCAAAGGCGAGCAGUCGCAGACCCCCGCCUGCGUAUUGGACGUGGAACUGCCGGAGCGUAUUGCACCGCGCGCUGGCAAGAGCCAAGUGGACUACCUCAACUUGGACCAAUCUGGUUUCGACGCGCUGAAGGAUGAGCUGAGCUUCCACUGGAGCGGCGACCACAACAACAGCCUGGGACCUGCCUCCCUGCCGUACUCCCAUGACAAGCAACUCAAUGGACAUGACAAGAUCAUUACCAAUGGCGACGUUAAAUAUCAAACGAAGGAAACUGAUGAUAACAAAGAUUCUAAACCUCAAGUCAAUGGCGGUGCUCUUCACGUUGACUCAAACAAGGCUAAAGCAACAUUCGAUUCAGACGAAGACAAGACCCCAAUGAACACCCUUGAGAAAGGCAAAAAGAAGCCAGAAGGAGGCGUUGGAUUCCUCGGUGGCCUCGCAGACAAAGUCAAAAAUGUCUUCAGCCAUAGCGAGGACAAAGAAGAUGAAAAAGAAACCUCUCCCAAACCACAACCCAAGCCUAGAGAAUCCAAAGAAAGGGACUCCAAGGAAAGAGAUUCUAAGGAAAAAGAAAAGUCACCACCACCAAAACCUGCUCCCAGACUUAUCAGCGAAGAUCUGUUAGGUAAAAUCGACGAUGUGUUCAAAGACUUAAAAACUGCACCCAACCAGAAAGUAGAUGAGGAUGUUAACAAUCAAGUUUACGCAACGAAACUCGUUGUAGAUGAAGAAAACUCAAAACCCAUCGAAGAUAAUCUCUACGAACAGUAUGAGCGCAUGCAACCCGUUGAAACACCAGUCUGCACCCAGAAAACGGAUCCGUUCCAAUUCUACGUCGGAUGCUGCGAAGGAAAAUAUAAGAAGGGCCAGAAACAUCGCCAUGACGAGACAUCCAAUGUCGUCGACAGGAUAGAACAAGCACACUUCGCUGCUCAUGAGAAACUCCAUGAUGUCUCUGAUCAAAUACAUGGUGAUCUCGCAGAAGGCUUAUGCAUAGUCGAAGAUGAAAAGGAUAAAAUUAAACACAAAGCUGGUGAUGCAGCCAAUGAUCUACUCGGUGAUUUUGAGAAAGCUAAAUCUGGUGCUCAGGAUAAAUUACACGAACUAGAAGAUGGUGCUCGCGCUAAGCUUACCGAUAUAUCGGAAUCUGCAGAGAAAAUUAAAGCAGACGGAUGGAAUAAGGCUGAUGAUUUGAAGAAUAACAUCUCUUCUGACGUUGAAGACGCUAAGUCUUCAGCUAAAGACCUUGUUGAUAACGUUAUCCAUCAAGCUGGCGUUGUUAAGGAUGAUAUCAACAGUAAAGCAAUGAUGCUCAACUUCAUUGCUAUGGAAAAGGCCGAAGAAACGAAGCUCCGUGAAGGUGAGAAACUUGCUCAAGUAGGAAAGGCAGCUGAAGGUGCUGCCAACAAUCUUAAGAACAAAGCACAAGAUGGCGCCAAUGCAGUCUCAGAAGCUGUCCAUGACGCUAAAGAUGCUAUCAGUAGUAAAGCUCAGGAUGUUAAAUCAGGAGCUAAGGAAUCAUUAGACAAUGCGAAGGCAUCUGCAAAUGAAAAGCUCCAGUCUAUGGGCGACUCUUUAGAAGGAGCCAAGGAGAAAUCAAAGAAGGAGCUAAAGAAAGAGGCAAAAGAAGCCAAAAAGAAGGCGAAGGAAGGCAAAAACUUCUUCACCGGUCUGGUUCACAAUAUCUUCGGAGAAAAAGAAAAACUCGAAGAAGAAGUAAAAGGUAAAAUCGCUGAAGGCAAAGAAUCCGCCAGCCAAGCCUUGGAUAAAGCUGCAGCGAAAAAAGAUGAGCUUCAAGACGCUGUCGCUAAGAAACAAGAUGAACUUAAAGAAGGAGCUGAACAACUAGCGCAUAGUGUAGAUGAAAAGAAGAAGCAAGCCGAGCAAGCUGCACAUGACAAAAAAACUGAAAUUGAGAAAUCAAUUCAAGAUAAGGCGGCUGAAACAAAGCAGGCCGUUGAGUCAAAAACUGGCGAAAUAAAGGCAUCCGUCGAAGGUAAAGUCGAUGAGGUAAAAGGCGCCAUUCACGACACGGCAGCAGCUGCCCAAGAAAAGGCUAGCGAAACCAAAGAUGCCAUCAAGAAUAAAGCCAAUGAAGUUGGUGCUGCCAUCAAUGAAACUGCUUCUGAAGUAGGACAAGCUAUUCAUGAUAAAACAGCCGAAGCCAAAGACGCUGUGGCUGACAAAUCAAAGCAAGUCAAAGAUUCUAUCCAAGAAACUGCUGCUGAUGUAGGGCAUACCAUUCAGGACAAAACUGUCAGUUUUAAAGAAUCCGUGGCAGAUGAGGCAUCAAAACUAGGAGAUGCUAUCCACGAAAAAACAAGCCAAGCUAAAGAAAAGGCCAGUGAAGUAGGACAUGCAAUUAACGACGAAGCAAACAAAUUCGGACAAACAUUACAGGAAAAAACUUCAGAAGCUAAGGAGAAGGCAAAUGAAUUUGGUCAGGCGAUACAAGACAAAACUGCUGAGGCGAAGGAUAAGGCCAGCGAGAUUGGACAUUCAGUACAAGAUGGUGCUAAUAAAGUAGGACAAGCAGUUCAAGGCAAAGCCAGCGAAGCCAAGGACAAAGCGAAUGAAUUUGGUAAUGCUAUCCAUGACACGUUCACUGGUUUCGGAAGCGCAGUACAUGAAACGGCUAGUAAUGUAGGCAACAACAUUCACGACACAGCAAACAAUGUCGGACAUGCGAUCCACGAUAAGACAUCAGAAGCCAAGGACGCCGUUCACGAUAAAGCUGGAGAAAUAAGUCACGAAGUUCACGAGAAAUCCCACGGUUUCGGAGAAGCUAUUAAGGACACGUUCAGUGGAAUCGGUCAUGCUAUCAGUGAAACAUUCAGCUUUGGACAUGAUAAGGCGGAAGAAGCAGCGGAUUCAGCUAAAGAUAAAGCUUCAGAAAUGAAAUCAUCAGUUGAAAGUACAGCCAGUGAUCUGAAAGACGCAGUCCACGACAAAGCCAGCGAAGCAUCAAAAGCAGUUCACGAUAAAACAGCAGCUGUAGGCGGCGCGAUACAGAGCAAAACCGACGAAUUCGGACAGGCGUUCCAUGGCAAGAAAGAUGCAGCGAAAAGUGAAUUGGACAGGAUAAGGCAUGAAGCUGAACUGACGACAGAACAAAUCAGUAAAUCAGCAGAAGAUGCAAUAAAUGCAGCAUCAAACAAAAAAGGAGAAAUACAAACUAGUCUAAGCAAUAAGUUCGACGAAGUCAAACAUUCAGGACAAGAAGAAUUCGAAUUCUUACAACAAUCGGCUGCUGACAAAGCGAGCGACCUACACAGGUCGUCCAAACAGGCAUUCGAUCACGCUAAAGACUCAACCUUGAGUACUUUCGAUAAGGUCGAAAGUUCGGCGAAGGAUAAAGUGAGCGAGGCCAAGGACAAGUGGGAUGAGAUGCAGAGCUCGACCAGAGACACGUUCGCCUCCAUGAGGGAUGACGUUCACAGCCUGGGCAGCUCUGCUGAAGACACUCUUCAUUCCUUCCAAAGUUCAGCUGGUAAUACCUUCGACAGUCUUGAUGAUUCAGCUAAGUUAGUCCUGUCAGAUACGCAACAACACGUUGAAGAGAGUUCGAAACAGUUGUUCGGUGACGUAAAGGGUGGUUUUGAGGGUUUCCAAGUAUCAGCUGAUAAUAAGCUUGAGGAGAUCAAGGGAGCAGGCAAGGAGGGAGUAGAGGCUGUUGGUGAUAGACUGGGAGAGGUCGCGGAGGGAGUCAGAGGGGCUGAGCAAGCUGCUGCAGAGGCGGUAGCGAGAGAAGCUGACAACUUUACGAGCAGUCUGAACAAUUUGGGCAGUUCUGUCUUCGGUUCUUCAGGCAAAGGAUUUAUGAAGGAUUCGACCACCAAGUUACUGGAGUCUGAAAAGUCACAAAGUUCCCCACACAAGAAGAGUUCAGGCUUCUUCGCAAAACUCCGGCGUAAUCCAUGAAGAAAUCCUCAAUGAAGCAAUGCACCGCGUCUAUUAACACUAAAAAUUUAUCAGUAAUGCUAAAUAUAUAAAAAAUACAGAGGGAACACUCACUAAGAA